UCUGUUUUGCAAUUGAUACGAAAACUCACAUUUAUCAGACAAUGAAACUGAAAUUAAAAAUAUAUCUAUAAAAUAAAUCAAUCAAACAUUCUAUAUUUUAGUAAACUCAGAAAAUAAUUUAAAAUUUAAAGUGUUCUUUUUUAAUUAGAGUGUUAAAAAUUGUGACUAAGAUGAAUACAGAAGAACAAUUUGAUAUAGUGGUUGUAGGCGGAGGUAUUGUGGGGAUAACAACAGCAAUCAAUUUACAAAACAAAUAUCCAAAUGUUAAAAUAACAAUUGUCACUGAAAAAUUGUCACCGUAUACUACGGGCGAUGGAUCAGCCGGAUUUUGGAUGCCAUAUUUAUGCGGCUCAACGCCAAUUGAAAAAGUCUUAGAUUGGUCUAUUCCGACAUUAAAGCUAUUUCAUAAACUAUGGCGCUCAGAACUCGCAGAAGCAACAGGCGUAUCAUUUGUACCAGUAAUUUAUUUAUUUGAGAAAGACGAUGUAACACCAAAAUGGAUUCCAUAUUGUCAUGGUUCACUAGAUUUAUCGCCGGAUUUACUUAAAAAAUUAGGGAAAGAACAUGGUCGUAGUUAUCGUGAGGGUACUUUUUUUACAUCUUUCACUUGUGAACCGUCAAAAUUUUUACCCUAUUUAUUGAGACAAUUCUUUCAAAAUGGUGGUAAGCUUAUUUAUAGUCGGGUAACUAGUCUAUCAGAAGUGGCGGAAAAAUAUUCUGAUAAGACAAAAAAAGCAAAUGUCAUUGUAAAUUGUUGUGGACUUGGAGCAAGAACAAUUGUACCAGAUGAUGAAGUUUAUCCUAUUCGAGGACAAGUGGCAAGGGUUCAUGCACCGUGGCAAUUUCAUAUAAUUUGUAGUGAAGCAAACUACAUUAUUCCAAAUCAUAAUGCGGUAAUUCUAGGAGGUACAGCUCAAAAAAAUGAUUAUUCAACAGAAGUGUAUGAAGAGGAUACAAAAGCGAUAUUCGAUGGGUGCUCUGAACUAGUUCCGGGAUUGAAAAACAGUUCAAAACUACAAGAAUGGGUUGGACUUCGACCAGCACGUGACAGUGUACGUUUAGAAUUAGACAAAACACCAUCAAAAUAUGUGACUGAUAACAAUCAAAACUUGAUUUUGAUACAUAAUUAUGGUCAUGGUGGUAGUGGUGUCACACUCAGUUGGGGUUGUGCUAUCAAUGUUACUAAUCUGUUAGAAAAUACUUUGAUUGAUUUAUCAUUAUCAUCGUCAACUAAAUCCAAACAACAAGAAGAUACUUUCAGUAAUAUUCGCAGUCGUUUAUAGGUUUAUGGAAAAAAAAAACUAAGUGAUUUGGUUUUUUAUUUUGAUUUUUUUCUGUUACAAUGCCGUAUUAUUAUAUACAGA